UCCGGCCAGUGAGUGGCGGUAGUGUCACCGGGGAGUAGCGGCAGGCUGCCCCGGCAUGCGGAGAAGAAGAUGGGCCGCUGACAAGAGAAGCAGCCCUGUGGCUAUCCGGAGCUAGCAAAGUAGCUUUUUUACCUGAGCGCGUGUGUUUUUGUUCCCUAACAUUUGAAGGUGUUGCUGCUGUUGUUGUUGUUGGUUUGUGUCAGUCACACAUCGAAGAUGAUCCUCACCGUGAAACCGCUCCAGGGGAAAGAGUGCAGCGUGCAGGUGACUGAAGACGAAAAGGUCUCCACUGUGAAGGAACUCGUGUCCGAACGUCUCAACAUACCAGCAAACCAGCAGCGGUUGCUCUAUAAAGGAAAGGCCCUCGCAGAUGAGCACAGACUGAGUGAUUAUUCCAUUGGGCCAGAGGCUAAAUUGAAUCUGGUAAUCCGUCCUGUGGGGGAGAGGACCGGAGCAUCGGGGAUGGUCGCCGGCAGCAGCAGUAGCGGCAGCGGCAGCAGCACGCAGGGGCGAGUGUGGCAGACUGUUUCCACUAUCCUUGCUCGACAUUUUAGUCCAGCGGAUGCAGCAAAAGUCCAUGAACAGCUUAUUAAGGACUACGAACGUUCACUUCGACAACUUAGCCUCGAUGACAUUGAGCGCUUGGCGGGGAGGCUGCUUCACCCCGACGGCGAGGGCAUGGACACCUCGUACAUGGACUAAGAACGCCCAGCUGGAAGUUACUUACUGUGAUUGUCUUUUGAGAGAUAGAGAGAAAGAGGGAGAGAGAGGUGCUCAGUGCUUGGAGGUGCAUACAGUGUUUUUAGAGAGUGUGCGGCAUUGAAAAUACAGUAUCCGUUUUCUUGCAGAGGGCCCCGGCUGUGCGCCUAAUCAGUGGCUGAGUGAACACAGAUAGCACUGACUGUUUAUCGCAGCAAUAGGGCUUUCUUAUCCACGAACUAAAGGGCUUGGAUAAGAAAACUUGGCCACUUUUUAAAACCUUGUCAUUGACGUUGCAGUCGUGACAAGACAAGACCCGAUCACGUAAUAUUUGAAUACAAAGGAAUCCAUUUAUGCUGUUUUGGUUUCGCAUGAUCUCUGGCUGCUGCGACUCCCCGGGGGGCGGGGGGACACACUAACUUUCUACUGGAGAGUGUUUGUUAGUCUGUUAAAGUCGGUGAUGAUGACUGGGUGUGUUUUUCUGUUAGCCAUCCACGAGAAGGUCAUACAUGUUUUAUCCUUAACUAACUGAUGUUCAUUGUAUGAUUUGUAAAUAUUAUGUUUAUAUAUAUAUACAGACAUUAAAACACAGUAAAAAAAA